AUGUUUUUUUUUUACUCUACUGCAUCAGUAUGUGAAGAUGUGAAUGAUCUGUUGAAAAAUUUUUUUCUUUAUUUUAAAUGUGCGCUUCAAACAUUACAUGAAAUCUGUCAAUAUUCUGAAUCCGACUUAUCUUCGUAUCCUUUGUGCAAAAAUAAAUUAGACUGGAUGCAGUCUGGUUGGAAAACUCAUCAAUGCUAUGCUGAAAAUGGAGUAGACGGGUCAUUUUGUUCGUUCGCUAUUUAUCUUUCUGAAGUGGAGAAUUAUUGCCCAUAUUUUCCUUGGUCCAAGGUGGAUGGGUUGUUUGAAAUAAUGAGUGAUAGUACUGUCAAUUACGAAUUUAUUAAGACCAGAAUUUCACGUAUGUGGCCAAGGUGGGUCAGUGCUUUUGCCGAUGUGAAGAAUAAAUGGCCUAAGACGCUGCUCAAUCGGAGAAAGCUUACAGUACUUGUUAAUUUCUCUCACAAACUAAAUGCCGCGAAUUCUGGAGGACCGUUAGGGGAACUGGUGCAGUGGUCGGAUUUGAUAGCUGCACUUUAUAUAUUAGGACAUGAACUAUGGAUUUCUUCCGAGACUGCAUCGAACGUAGUGCGUUUUAUGGCAGAUAGUCCCUGUCCUAAUGUGUCGAGUAAAAAAAUAGACUUACUUUUUACUGACAUUACCGGAGUUCGUUAUAUGAGGCAGAAGUUGAACAGUUUUUACCUAUUUUCAUUAAUAAAGCACAAAGCUGAAUUAGGUGGGAAAUCUAACCCUUGGGGAGGUAACCGGCUCGAACUGCAGCAGUUUAUGACAAUGUAUCCACACACAGAUGACAAUACGUUCUUGGGAUUCGUAGUAGAAACCCAUCAUGUUAAUGAGCAGGCAAAACGUGACAAUACUACAUUGGUGUAUGGAAAGGAAAUUUACAUGUGGAAAAAUGCAGAUGCGCUGUUGAAACAAGUCGCGAAGUUUUCUCAGUUGCAUGCUACCGUUGCUGAUGUUAAGGAUUUGAGUAAUUAUACAGUAGUCAAUCAUGGUCUGCUUUCUGGAUACGACUUUCAAUCUCUUCUGCGUCGUGUCAAGAUAUUUCUUGGCCUAGGGUUCCCAUUGGAAGGUCCAGCACCCUUAGAAGCGGUAGCAAAUGGUGCAGUUUUCUUGAAUCCAAAAUUCAUUCCCGCAAAGUCAAGAAAAAGUUACGAGUUUUUCAAAGAUAAGCCGACGCUUCGUGAGCUCACUAGUCAAAAUCCAUACACUGAACGUUUUAUUGGGAGACCCCACGUUAUUACAGUAGAUAUUUCCAAUCCUGAAAGUGUAGAAAGCGCUGUUUUGGAGGCUCUACCAAAACCUUUCCUUCCUUUCGAAUUUACUGCCACUGGAAUGCUGCAACGAGUAAAUACACUUGUGAACAAACAGAAUUUCUGUUCUUCGUCGUCCAGUCCAGCUUACCCUCCAAUAUCAGCCUUACAAAUCAAGAUAGGUGAGAGCGGUGCAUCGUGUCAAAGAACUUGUGCUGCUUACGGACUUGUAUGCGAACGCUCUUUCUUUAAAAUAGUAAACGACGCUUCGUUAAUUGGCGACGAGACAUGUUCGACUGUCGCUUCAGAAGCAGACCCUGCUGCGCCGUACCCCUGCGUUUUGCAGUCAGAUCCAAUGUUGUUCAGCUGCGCGUCGUCACCUCUUAAAAUACGGAUAAGACGUAUUUGCCCUUGCAGAGAUUACAUUAGCGACCAGGUCGCCCUUUGCCGUUCCUGCUUAUGA